GUUGUGAGACGAUAAUCUUCCUAUCGGUCAUAUCGUUCGACAGGGACAUUCGACAAUAUUGCCAAAGGAUCUUGCGACUCUAUAACAGCGCAUUCGAGCUGGCAUAACUGGGGGAUAGUGAUCCCCAAAUUACCUGCCUACUUUUGGGGUAAUCGACGGACAUAGGGCAUCUCCAACAUGUCCUCUUUCAUUUCUCGAACCAGCGGAUCGCAUCAGGCGCAAUUGGCCGCCACGGCUGUCAUCUCCGGCGCUCUUGUUGCGAGCGCCAUUUUCGGAUUCCAGGCCGCGCGAAGAAAACAUAGAGUCGACGAUCUUAAGGCGUCAAUCCCGGAGCUAAGUCAGGAACAUGUGGCGAACAAGCUCACAGAUUUUGGCGCCGCAUCGCAGCUGGGCAUGAGCAAAGAGGACGAGCGUAGCGCAGCCCUGGCGGCGCGCGCGCAAAAGGGAGACUAUGACGAUGAUCUCAUCCUGGAACAACUCGCGCGAAACCGCGUGUUUCUUACAGACGAGGGACUUGCAAAGCUACGGUCAUCAUUCAUCAUAGUGGUCGGAUGCGGCGGAGUCGGAUCACAUGCUACCACCAACCUGGCACGCUCAGGAGUUUCGAAAAUCCGCCUGAUCGACUUUGACCAGGUCACGUUAUCUUCUCUCAACCGCCAUGCAGUCGCAACACUUGUCGAUGUCGGAACUCCCAAGGUGCAUACCCUGCAGAGACGUCUACAACAGGUGACUCCAUGGGUACAGUUCGAUUGCCAGAAUGCUCUAUUCAGCGAGUCCACCGCUCAAAGUCAGCUUGGCCCAUGGUCAGACGGCCAGCAGCCGAGUUUCGUCAUUGACGCAAUUGACAACAUCGACAGCAAGGUUGCUCUGCUGCAUUACUGUGCGAAAAAUUCGAUACCAGUCAUUUCAUCCAUGGGCGCUGGAUGCAAGUCCGACCCUACCCGGAUCUUUGUCGGCGAUAUUGCGGCAAGUAUUGAAGAUCCUCUUUCGCGAUCUACGCGGCGGCGUCUCCGUGCGCUUGGUGUCAAGGAUGGCAUUCCGGUCGUAUACUCGACCGAGAAGCCAGGUCCCGGCAAGGCGCAGUUGCUCCCGCUUGCCGAGGAGGAAUUCCAAAAGGGCGGCGUGGGCGAGUUGGGCGUGCUGCCCGACUUCCGUGUGCGUAUUCUGCCUGUGCUCGGCACCAUGCCGGCCAUGUUUGGUCUGACGGCAGCAAAUCAUGUCAUCCUUGCACUGACAGGCUACCCGCACGAGUAUAUCCCUGCAAAGGGAAGAGAGAAGCUGUACGAUUCCAUCCUGGGGACUCUCCAAGGGCUGGAAGAGCGUGUGGCGAGGUCCUAUGGUCUUGAUGUUGUUGGACUGAAACUUCCCAUCUCUCAAGACGACGUAGGAUACUUGGUCGAGGAAGUUUUCAAGGGCCGUAGUGCUGUGAGUGGGCUCGCGACUCGACUGAACCUUGUGCGGUGGCGAGCUCCAGCAUCAAAGGAAGACAUGGUUGACGACCGUUGGCCUGGCCAGAAGAGUUCGCGGUUAAACCUCACGGACCUGGUCUGCGUGACUAAGGAAGAGGCCGCCGUUCAUGAAAGAGAAAUCCUCAAGGGCUCGAAGCAGCCGGAAGACAUAUAUGAUCCUGCCGUCAUUGAUCUUGUUGAGGCGCGUAUUAAGGAGGAUGCAGUGUAUAGGAAAUAUCGUUAAGGCGUCAAGAAGCAUAAGAACUGGGCUCUUUAUAUGUACAUUAUAUCAUCUCAAAUCCAUUUUUCGGACCCCAUUCCAACAUUCUUGCAUCAAUUUUUCCAGUGAUCCUCUAGAUCUUCGCUUCGGGAAGGCGAAUUAGUAUAAGGCUUUUAAAGAGUCCUUAGAAUGGACAGGUAUAUCAAGAACAUACCUAUCCAAAGAGGCUAACUCAUACGAAGAGGUAAUGCUAAUAGACUUCGAAAUACUGGCACGGAAACA